AUCAGUUUGAAAAUGAAAAGCAUGCAUUCGGUUUGAUUGUUUGGGAAAAUUCGUUUUCCGCGCUACAUAUUCAGCGAUAAACAGAGAUUCUUACAUUUGGUUUACCUGACUGUUUUGACAACCCGAAUAUUAAGGGGCGAUCAUCUCUAUUGAAGAGAGAAAUGGAGCAAGUGGUGAGAAAGAGUAACAAGGAGAACACCAAACCAGUUUGUGGCCCCAAAAAUCAAGUCAUCAAUAGUAUUGUAUCAAAACAAAAUGUAUUAAGUAAAUCGGCACCCCUUCAAUCCAAGUAUGAUCUUAAAGAGGGUAAUUCUGGAAAAAGCAUGAAGGAUAAGGAUGUUAGGCCAAAGGGCAAAACUAAUGAUGCUGAUCCUGCCAAGCUUAGCACACUUAGCCAGGCCUUCCGUACCCAGCAGUCUGUUAGACACCGUAAGCUUGUGGAAGAAGUUAAAAAAACACCUUCUGCUGUACUUCAGAAGUCCAAACCUGGUAUCUAUAAGGGGCGUGUGGUACAGUCUAAAAUAGACUGUUUCCGGAAACCCAGUGGUGAUGUGAAGACCACAAAAAAGAGAGUGAUUUCAAAACCUGAUGUGACCAGACCAAAAACCGAACUGCCUAAAAUCCGGUCCAAGUCUGUUACUGUUCUGCCAGUGUCCACUAGACCCGGACUCAACUCCGCUUUGUCAUCUAGACCAAAAUCUGUCUCUGAUGUUCCACUGCAUGUCACUGAAAAAUCAGUCCAGAUGACUGUUUCCCAAAAACACAUACCUUUGAAAGUCCCAGGCUCCAUCUCCCAAGCAGUUACCCACAGAGCCUGCAUUCCUCCCAGGCCAGUCCCUCUAGCUACAGGGCACUCGGCCAUCAGCAAACCUAUCCCCAUCCCUUCUAAGAAGAAAGAGACAGUGGUACAGAGAGCUAAACCCAAAGCUGUUGUUACCACCACUGAACAGAAAGUCAGAAGGCCUAUUGCAAGCAAGAUCAGCCAGUACAGAGUGCAAAUGGAGACGGCUGAAGAGAGAAGAGCGAAGCUUGCAGAGUGGCUGGCAUCUAAAGGAAAGGCCCUGAAGAGGCCUCCAAUCUCAGAAAGGUCUGCAACCCAUUCAAACAAACCAGCCCUGCAGCCCAAAACAGGACCAAAAGCCACUGUCAUUGCCCAGACUGAGCCAGUCACCCAGACUGAGGCUGUAAAUCCAACCUCAGAAAUAAAGAUGGACAUUCGAAGUGAGGAUAAUAAAGUCCUAGAUAACAAAGCAGUGCACUCUAGCAGAUCAUGUAAUAUUAUGAAUACCACAUUAGACUUGCUUGACCACAGUGAUAUGGAUCUGCCGAUUGACCCAGAGAUAAGGAUGGAAUCGUUGGUGCUCAACUUGUGUGAUAAAUUGGAGGCAAUGGAAACAUCCUCAUCAUGUAAAGAUGAGAAAAAAAUGGAAGUGCAAGUGGAGGAGAAAGAAACUGAUCAAAUGUAUGAAAUUCUGGAGGACGUAGAACUGGAGGAAAAGGAAGACUCGGAUAGUGAUGUUACAGAAGACUCUAAAGAGGCUGUCGUAAAGGAUGAAGAUGAUGAGGACAGUGAGGAUGAGAAAAGCACUACACCUCCAGAGAUGGAAGGUGCAUCCAUUGUGAAGUACAAUGUGAAAACUACUCCAUAUUUGCAAAGUGUGAAGAAGAAAAUUGACUGCGAAACGGCACCAGGCAGUGGCUCGCGACACAAGAGCACCAUCAAAGAUCUGAAGUUCCUCACACCUGUGCGAAGAUCAACACGAAUCCAGCGCAAGUCCUCUCGUCUGCCAAAUAUGCUGAACGAACACGACACCUGUGUGUCCUCACUGGCUGAGCUGGUGCAGCUAGAAGAUGCAGACGCAAGUGCGUAUAUCUAUAGAAAAAACACGGCUUUACUGGAAGAUCUCCCUGAUCAGCCUGGAGACUUAACAAAAGUAUGCAGCUAAAGAAUGUAAUGAAAGGUUGUCAGUUUCAAAUGGUGAACCUGAGAUUUGGACUUUUAUAGCAAACUUAAAGGAAUAAUUCACCCAAAAAUGUAAAUUCUCUCAUUAACUCACCGUCAUAUCAUCCCUGAUGUGUAUGACUUUCUUUAUUCUGCUGAACACAAAUGAAGAUUUUUAGAAAAUAUCUCUGCUCUGUUGGGCCAUACAAUGCAAGUGAAUGGUAAAGCUCCAAAAAGCACAUAAAGGCAGAAUAAAAGUAAUCCACAUGAUUCCAGUGGUUUAAUCUAUGUCUUAUGAGGCGAUCUAAUCGAUUUUGGCUGAGAAGAGCCUGAAAUAUAAUUCCUGUUUCACUAUACAUCUUGCUGUUGCAGUCUCUAAGCACGAUCAUGAUUUUAAGCUCGAUUACACUUCCUAGUGCUUCAUGCAUGUGCAGAGCACUAGAUGGCAUUAGGAAGUGUAAUUGAGCUUGAAAUCAUGAUUGCCAAGGAGACUGCUGAUGUCAAUAUUUAUAGUGAAAAAGGAGUUAUAUUUUCAUCUGUUCUCAGCCAAAACCGAUUGGAUCACUUCAGAAGACAUGGAUUAAACCACUGAAGAUAUAUUGAUUACUUUGAUGCAGAAUUCGUUUGUUUUUUAGCUUAAUCAUUUUGAUCACCAUUCACUUGCAUCAUAUGGACCUACAGAGCUGAGUUAUUCUUCUAAAAAUCUUCAUUUGUGUUCUGCAGAAGAAAGUCAUACACAUCUGGGAUGGCAUUAGGGUGAAUAAAUGAGAGAAUUUUAAUUUUUGGGUAAAUAAUUCCUUUAACAUUUGCAUUUUAAAUGUUCUAUGUGACACUAUUAAAGAUUUAAUAUUUAAGUGUUUCUUGCAUUGGGCUGCUACAUUGAGUAAUCUCUGAUAACUGAAUUAGUAGAUUUAACUGCUUAAGAGCUACAAUAUGUGUAACAUUCUUCUAUAUCCUUGACAUUCUAACAUAAGGCUCUUUGUGUACUUAACUCAUGCAGUAUGUAUAAAAGGUAAUAUUUUGAAUCAUUUUGAUUCAUUGUAUAAACCUGAAUAAAGAUGUUUUUGCGAUG